CAAGCGUGUUUGAGUGCUCUUUCAUAAAUUUAUAAAGGAAAUGAAUUUUAUAUAUUUUCAUUUUGUUUAAAUGCUUAUUUGCCACACACAAAAAGCAUAAAGUUAAAAUCACGUGCUGAAUUGGAAAUUUUUUCUUAUUAAAUUUUACCAAUCUGUGUAAAGACGCUAAGCAAAAAGAAAAGUGUAGCUAGAUAAACCGGUUGGUAGUUGAGGUGGAUAAAUUUAUCGUUUUAUUUUUGAACAAUAUCUAAAAAGGUAACAAAUAAAUAAAAAUCAAUGGGAAGCAGUGCCUAAUAAAAGCGGCCUACAACUGGUUGCCUACCUUGGACGGGCUUGGAAGAAAUUAACAUGCUUAUGUGGAAUGGAGAAAAUAUUUAAAAAUAAAUUUGUGCUUAAAAAAUUUUAUUUUUAAACGAAUUGACAAUUAAAAGGGUAAAAAAAUAAUAUAAUAAAAUAUUAAAAAAGAAAUUGGUGAAAUAAUUCAGUACUUUUUUGGUGAACACUUAAAGAAGAAAAUAAUACGAGAAUAUAUUUGUAAAUAAUUUUAAGUCUAAAUAAGCAAAUCGCCGGGUACAACAAACUAUUACGUCGUUCAACUGUCACUUUGACAACUGCAACAAGUACAACUAGGCAUGCAACAAUAAAAACACCAAUCAUAGUUGAAGUAUUUGUAACAACAGCAACAAUAACAAGAACAGUCAAACGGCAGAGUACUAUAUCGACCAACUGCAUUGGCAAAAUAGUAGCCGCAAAAAAGUGGGAGUUGGAAUUGAAUAAACAUUGUUGUCGUUGCUGUUAUUGUAUUGUAUACAUAGUAAACGUAUUACAGAAGCAACGCAACAACGAGAGAAGCAAUAGUAAAGCCAGCAGCGUCGACGUUUACGUCGACUGCAGCAUAGGCAACAGGAGUGACUCUGCUCGCAUUCACUUCAAGUAGUGUAACAAAUGCAAUAAAACGAGCGUCGCCGAGAACAGCAACAAAAUUGUGCAAGUGUGCAUUAUAACUAUUACACGACAACAAAGUAGUGUCUACGCGAAGUCAACUUUACAUUUGUGAACCGCUGCUGCUAUGCAAACCUAUACAAACGGCGGAAGUGAGCAAGUGAGUGCAACAAAGUAAUUGAGAGAGUAAGCGCUGCACCAAGCACUAGUAGGUGGGGUAUAAAGACUCUACAACAUUAUCACAACAGCCGGUUUUGUUUGUGUAUUAUGCUUCUGCAAUCGGAUGCCGGCUUUCUCGGCUACUUUUUUCAGUUCAUUGUUAUUUGUGAUAAUUAAACGAGUGGGUGGCUGACAAGGCAACGUUCACGACUCAAGUUAAAAGAGCAGCAACAAAAACAAUUUGAAUUAUUGCAACAGUUAAUGAACAUUUCUUUAUACAAAAGCAUAACAGAAUAUUUUUUGUUUAUUUUAAAAACAAUAACAUCAGUCGCAAAAUUAUAAAAGUAAGCUACAAGGUGACCGACAUUGGCCGUCAACUUGUCGGCAAGUGAUUCAAAGUAGUGAAAAACGUGUUUUAAAUUGUGUGAGAAAAAUUUAACUGCAGUAGAAUAACAGCAACAUGUGACUUUAAGCAACAAAUACAAACAAACAAAAACUUCAAAAUAACAAAAACUAAAAUUCAUCUGGAACGUGAUUGCAAUUUGUGAUUUUAUGAUAUAAUAUUUUCGCUCCGUAUUCGCAUGCUAAAAAAAAAUAAGUAUUUUAGUUACUUUACUCAAUUUUUUCACUCCACUACAUAGUGUUAUAUUAUAUGAUAUAUUUUUUGCUGUGAAAUUUCAAUUAAUUCAAUAUACAUACUACGUAUGAUAUUCGUUCAAUUGGAAAGUGUGAUCUUUAACUUAAAAUUAAAAACAAAAAAUAGUCUAACUAUUUACAAAUAUUAAAUAUUUAAUUCAACAUAUAUACUCGUAUAUAAAAGAAAUAAACAUGCACGGUAUAACCCACUUAUAUCGGCAGCAUGCUGUCGAAAAGCAGUUGAGCGCAGACAGCGCCUGUUCGACCCAUCAUAAUCACCAUAAUAACCAUUCACCUUUUGGCGCACGUCACAGUUACCCACGUGACAGCAUCAGCUACGAUAGCAAUGAUUCGUGCAGCAACAAUGACAUAGCCGAUCGUUUGCAUAGCGUUGACUCGGGUAGCAGUUCAGGUUCGUCGACCAACUCCAAAUCACCGAACUGGUCGCAAGAAAAGGUAAUCGAUAAAUUAGUGCAGUCCUCCAGCCCUCAACCAGUACCCGAGGGCAAUAAAUCGCUCAACAAUCACUACCGCAACUCGCCAUCGAAUGCCAGCAAUAUGACACGCAGUUCCUACGACAGUUACAACAAUAGUUUCAAGCGCACCUGCUCAAAACGUAACUAUUUCGAUCGAUCUCAUAGUCCAGCCGUUUAUGCAAGCCUACGACGUUAUCCGAAUGACUACAACGGCUCGCCGCCAGUCUAUGCCACACAGGGUGGUUACUUUCCACAUGAUCUCGAUGACAUCUAUGAAUCGCAAGCCGAUCAUCAGUACUUUACGCAUACGGGUGCGAGCAGUGCACGUACACCUGAACGCCCGACCAUCAAUUCGAUCUUCCAUAGAGUUGGCGCUGCUUACACGUCGCUGGACGAUUAUACAGCACCAACGCGUCACUCGUUGGACAAUAGUGGUGGUAGUGGUGCGUCACACAAGCAUCGCUUCGAUAAUAGCAGUUUCGCCAAAAGUUUGAGCACAAAUGAGGAUAGUGAUAAUUCGUUGCCGCGUGAGCAUAAGAAGUCAAAGGAACAUCAGCACCAUCAUCAUCACCAUCAUCAUUCAAUACAGGAAAUGUUGAAGCAGUUUUCCAAGAAGGUGCACAUUUGGCCACGCAAAUCACACGACACGAACAGUGUUUGCACUUCGCCGCAAAAUGAUCCACAAGAGAAUUUCCGUUCGCGUUCGAAGAGUUUGGAUGUGAAUACGCUGAGUCGACCGAAUCGGAUAUUGGAGGAUUGUGGCGCGACAUACAAAAUCUACGAGAGAAUCGUGAAAGAAGGUGCUCAUAUGCGUCGCGCCUCAGCCGAUUUGGAGAAACGACGUGCUUCUUUGGGUGCAGCUAGUCGAGGCUUACGUGGUGAUGGCACUUUGGAUCCACAUCAUGCCGCCAUAUUAUUCCGUGAUUCCAGAGGGUUGCCUGUCGCUGAUCCGUUCCUAGAAAAAGUGAACCUCUCUGAUUUCGAAGAAGACGACUCACAGAUUUUCGUGAAAUUCUUCCGUUUCCAUAAGUGCUAUGACCUGAUACCAACCUCCGCUAAACUGGUUGUUUUCGAUACACAAUUGCUGGUGAAGAAGGCCUUCUAUGCGCUCGUGUAUAAUGGUGUGCGUGCAGCACCACUCUGGGACUCACAGAAACAACAAUUUGUUGGCAUGUUAACCAUAACGGAUUUCAUAAAAAUUCUACAAAUGUAUUAUAAGUCACCGAAUGCAUCAAUGGAACAGUUGGAGGAGCACAAAUUGGACACAUGGCGAAGUGUGUUGCACAAUCAAGUUAUGCCAUUGGUUAGCAUCGGUCCGGAUGCUUCACUCUAUGAUGCCAUUAAAAUUCUCAUACACAAUCGUAUACAUCGAUUACCGGUCAUUGAUCCGGCGACGGGCAAUGUUUUGUACAUAUUAACGCAUAAACGCAUACUAAGGUUCCUCUUCUUAUAUAUUAACGAAUUACCAAAGCCCUCGUAUAUGCAGAAAACCCUACGCGAUUUAAGGAUCGGCACAUACGACAACAUUGAGACUGCGGACGAGAACACAAGCAUUAUAAUGGCGUUGAAAAAAUUUGUGGAGCGACGAGUGUCAGCAUUACCGCUAGUAGAUUCAGAAGGACGGCUAGUGGAUAUCUACGCAAAAUUCGAUGUGAUUAAUUUGGCCGCCGAGAAGACCUACAACGAUUUGGAUGUGUCCCUGCGCAAAGCAAACGAACACCGCAACGAAUGGUUCGAGGGUGUGCACAAGUGCCGAUUAGACGAAACACUCUACACAAUUAUGGAACGCAUUGUACGCGCCGAAGUUCAUCGUCUGGUCGUUGUUGAUGAGAAUCAGAAAGUGAUUGGCAUUAUUUCACUAUCCGAUAUACUGUUGUACCUGGUAUUACGCCCCAGUGGCGAAGGUUUGGGCAUCUCUGAGAACUCGCUACGCGCCUCAGAUCCUGUUUUGCGACGUAAAUCGUCCGAUGACGAAGACGCCGAUACAAAAUCAUCGGGCAGCCGUAGUAUUAUUGAAGAUAUACCCGAGGAAGAGCCAGCCGUGGUGACAACGGUGCCAGCGCCUCAAAUAGGAAAAGAAUUCGACGCGGCAAACGUCACCACGUCCGGCAAACGUCGUGAGCCGAAUGUGGAUAUUGAUGCCUCAACACAAAAGCAGAAUGGUGAUAGCAAUCCCGCUGAAGUGUCCUUUGCCGCCGAGGCGGAAGAAGAUCCUGGAGAUGAUGGCGUGACAGAUGCCGACAUCGAUGCUGAUGCAGAUGGUGACAAUGAUGAUGAUGUGGUAACUGGGCAAUAUGUCGAUCGAAAGAAAUCGCUUGGCGCGACGACGGACGAGGACACAGAAUUGGAAACAGCCGCGUCGGCAGCCUCAGCAUUGGGCGGUAUGCCCACAAGGACGGCGCGUGAAAUGGCGCUUGUUAGUGAAUAAAUUUAUAAUAUUAUAUAUACAUAUACAUAUUUCAAGCUACAAACAUAUACAUACAUACAUACAUAUUUUAAGUAUGCGUUUUUUAGUCAGCAAAUUACAAACAAAAGAUUUGAUAAACUUGAUUGUUGCUAUAAAUGCUUCAAAGCCUUACAAAACAAAACAAACAAACCAAACAAAAACACAAAAUGCAAAAAAAACAAAAAAAAAAACAAACAAAAACUAAGAAACGAAAUAACAUAAUGUUCGAUUAGAGUGUUUAAGAUUGUAGAUAAAAUGUGUGUAAAAACUUCAAAGGAAGCGACAGUGAGUCGCUGACGCUCAUGCGAGUGGGGCAAUGCAAAAACUUUUGUACGAGUAUGUAUAUCGAAAGUUGCAUCAAGAGAAUACAGAGGCACACUCACACUCGUUAAACAAGAGCAAAAGCAUGUGUAAUAAGCAAGCUUCUCAACGAGCUUUACAAAUUCUUAUAUUUAAACAAAGAAAAAUAGUUUUGUAAUUUAAGUAGAAAUUAUUGGUAAACAGCAACGCAAAAUAAAAUAAAGCUAAAGAAAAAAUAAAAAAUAAAAAAUAAAAAAUAAAAAUUAAAAUAAAAGUAAAAGAAUCUGCUUGUAAAAUAGAAAAUCAUGAAAAUUUAACAAAUUAUUAGAAAUUAUGUUAAAUGUAAAUCAUCUGAAGAAGGUACAGUAUAAUGCAUUAGCUGCUAACUGUAAGUUAAUAUUCGCCAUGAUACGAGUAAGAGAGGAAAGUGAGACAAAGGAAACUGGGCGUGUGAAUAACUGCAUACAAAUAACUGUGACAUUUGUAACUAACAACUACUACACAUACAAAUUCAUACACACACACACACACUGUUAUGGAAAGGUAAAUAUUAAAUUAAAUUUUAAUUAAAAGGUAUAGCAAACUACCAAAUCAGCUUACAAUACAAAAAUACUAAUUAAAAACGAAAACUAAUAAAAGAGUUUUAAUUGCAAACAAAAUACAGAAACAAAGAUUUCAUACCAAUAAAGGCGGCUACAAAAUGCACCAUACAAACAAAGCAUAGUUUUAGUAGGGGAAGUAAUGAGCGCGUUGGGGAAAAUGAGUACGACGAGUAGAAUGCAGCAACAGGCACAUGCGCUCAUACAUAUUACAAUUAGUAGAAAGAGAAAUGUUAUACAAUUUUUACUACAACAAAAUAACAAAACAACAAACAAGCAAAUAAAAGAAAAUUUAAAUACAAAAACAAAGAUGGUACUUUUUAUAAAAAUAUUACUCUUUAACUAUUAUCUACUAUUAUUAUUAUUAUGUAUUGCUAAUUCGAUUAUGAUUAUUGUCAUUAUUACUAUAUAGAAUUAUUAAUUCCUGUAAUUAUGAUUACUGCUAUUAUAAUUAUAACGUUAAAUAAAACAAAGAAAUUCUGAAACAUUGAAUUAAUGCUGUAUGUAAGCGAAUACUAUUAAUAAUAAUAAUAAUAAUAAUAAUAAUAAUAACAAUAACGCAAACAAACAUAAUCACAAGUAAAACUGUAUUUGAAUAAAGAACUUCACGAAGACGGUAGUGACAGAGAGAGAGAGAGUGGCUUAGCUCGAAGUAUUUGUGCGCUAAGCAGUAAACCAAAAAAUAAUAAUUACUUAAAAUAAAAGAAAAUUAUAAUUUUUAA